AAAAGCGAUGGCGAUUGGGCUGCCGGCUUUGGCGCCCGGGCCGGGAGCGCCCGACACCCACCGGGGCGCAGACGGCGGCGGGGCCGGGGCGGCGGAGGAGGAGGCGGCGGCGCGCGGGGGUGGCGCGGGCAGGGGCGCGGGGCGCAGAAUAAUCAUGGGCCAGACUGGGAAGAAAUCUGAGAAGGGACCAGUCUGUUGGCGGAAGCGUGUGAAAUCCGAAUACAUGCGGCUGCGGCAGCUCAAGCGGUUCCGGAGGGCUGAUGAGGUCAAGAGUAUGUUUAGUUCCAACCGGCAGAAAAUUCUGGAAAGGACGGAGACCCUGAACCAGGAGUGGAAGCAGCGGAGGAUCCAGCCCGUGCACAUCCUGACUUCUGUGAGCUCAUUGCGCGGGACCCGGGAGUGCUCAGUGACCAGUGACUUGGACUUCCCAACGCAAGUCAUCCCUCUAAAGACGCUCAACGCGGUGGCCUCGGUCCCCAUCAUGUACUCCUGGUCUCCCUUGCAACAGAAUUUCAUGGUAGAAGAUGAGACUGUUUUACAUAACAUUCCUUACAUGGGGGAUGAAGUGCUAGACCAGGAUGGAACUUUCAUUGAAGAACUGAUAAAAAAUUAUGAUGGAAAAGUCCACGGAGACAGAGAGUGUGGCUUCAUCAACGACGAGAUCUUCGUGGAGCUGGUGAACGCCCUGGGCCAGUACAACGAUGACGACGACGACGGGGACGACGGGGACGACGGGGACGACCCCGACAGCAGAGAGGAGAAGAAGGACCCGGAGGACCCCCAGGACGACAAAGAAAGCUGUCCGCCUCGGAAAUUUCCCUCCGAUAAAAUCUUUGAAGCCAUUUCCUCAAUGUUUCCAGAUAAGGGCACUGCAGAAGAGCUAAAGGAAAAGUACAAAGAGCUGACGGAGCAGCAGCUCCCAGGCGCCCUGCCCCCGGAGUGCACCCCCAACAUCGACGGGCCAAACGCCAGGUCAGUGCAGCGAGAGCAGAGCCUGCACUCCUUCCACACGCUGUUCUGCAGGCGCUGCUUCAAGUACGACUGCUUCCUCCAUCGUAAGUGCAGUCCUUCUUUCCACGCGACGCCCAACACCUACAAGCGGAAGAACACGGAAAGCGCCCUGGACAACAAGCCGUGCGGCCCGCAGUGCUACCAGCACCUGGAGGGAGCCAAGGAGUUCGCCGCCGCCCUCACGGCCGAGCGCAUCAAGACCCCGCCCAAGCGGCCCGGGGGGCGCCGCAGGGGGAGGCUCCCCAACACCAGCAGCCGGCCCAGCACCCCCACCAUCAACGCGCCCGAGUCCAAGGACACCGACAGCGACCGUGAGGCCGGCGCGGAGACGGGCGGUGAGAACAACGACAAGGAGGAGGAGGAGAAGAAGGACGAGACCUCCAGCUCCUCGGAGGCCAAUUCCCGCUGUCAGACACCCAUCAAGAUGAAGCCGAACGCCGAGCCCCCCGAGAACGUGGAGUGGAGCGGCGCCGAGGCCUCCAUGUUCCGCGUGCUCAUCGGCACCUACUACGACAACUUCUGCGCCAUCGCCAGGCUGAUCGGGACCAAGACGUGCAGGCAGGUGUACGAGUUUCGAGUCAAGGAGUCCAGCAUCAUCGCCCCGGUCCCCGCGGAGGAUGUGGACACGCCUCCCCGCAAGAAGAAGAGGAAACACCGCUUGUGGGCUGCGCACUGCAGGAAGAUCCAGCUCAAGAAGGACGGCUCCUCCAACCACGUCUACAACUACCAGCCCUGCGACCACCCGCGCCAGCCGUGCGACAGCUCCUGCCCCUGCGUGAUCGCGCAGAACUUCUGCGAGAAGUUCUGCCAGUGCAGCUCGGAGUGCCAGAACCGCUUCCCGGGCUGCCGCUGCAAAGCCCAGUGCAACACCAAACAGUGCCCCUGCUACCUGGCCGUGCGCGAGUGUGACCCCGACCUCUGCCUCACCUGCGGCGCGGCCGACCACUGGGACAGCAAGAACGUGUCCUGCAAGAACUGCAGCAUCCAGCGCGGCUCCAAGAAGCACCUGCUGCUGGCGCCGUCGGACGUGGCCGGCUGGGGCAUCUUCAUCAAAGACCCGGUGCAGAAGAACGAGUUCAUCUCAGAGUACUGCGGAGAGAUCAUCUCUCAGGACGAGGCGGACAGGAGAGGAAAGGUCUAUGACAAGUACAUGUGCAGCUUCCUGUUCAACCUCAACAAUGACUUCGUGGUGGACGCCACCCGCAAGGGUAACAAGAUCCGCUUCGCGAAUCACUCAGUAAACCCCAACUGCUACGCAAAAGUCAUGAUGGUCAACGGCGACCAUAGGAUAGGGAUCUUCGCCAAGAGGGCCAUCCAGACUGGAGAGGAGCUGUUCUUCGAUUACAGAUACAGCCAGGCGGACGCCCUCAAGUACGUGGGCAUUGAGCGCGAGAUGGAGGUCCCUUGACACCAGCUACCUCCCCCCCCCUUCUGGAACAGCUGCCUUAGCUUCAGGAACCUCAAGUACUGUGGGCGAUUUAGGGAAGAAAAUAACGCAGUUUGAAAUUCUGAAUUUGCAAAAGUACUGUAAGAAUAAUUUAUAAUAAUGGGUUUGGAAAAUUGACCUUUUCUUAUGGCCUUCUCACCAGCUGCAAAGUGUUUUUGUUUGUGCCGAGUGAAUUUUUUUGCAAUAGUGCAGCAUGGCACAUUUUUUCAACUUUGAAUAAAGAAUACUUGAACUUCUC